UUUGUCUACAACAGCAUGAGCACCAUCAACCACCAGGCCCUGGAGCAGCUGCACUAUGUGACAGAGCUCACAGAAUUAAUUAAGGCAAAGUCCUCUCCAUGACCUGAUGGAGUAGAAGAUUCUACAGAGUUUGUAAGUUUCUUUCCCGACUUUAUCUGGAUUGUUCGGCAUUUCACCCUGGAGCUAAAGCUGGACCUUGCCCUAAUUACAGAAGAUGAGUACCUGGAGAAUACUUUAAGGCUGAUUCCAGGCAAGAAUCCCAGGGUCCAAAUAUCCCACCUGCUUAGGGAAUUAAUCAAGCAUUUCUUUCCAAAACAGAAGUGCUUUGUCUUUGAUCGACCAACACAUGACAAAGACCUUCUCGCCAAUAUUGAGAAGGUAUCUGAAGACCAACUGGACCCUAAAUUCAAGGAACAAACAAACAUUUUCUGUUCUUACAUUUUUACCCAUGCAAGAACCAAGAACCUCAGAGGGGGUAUCACUGUCACUGGGAAUCGACUAGGGACUCUGGUGAUGACCUACGUGGAUGCCAUCAACAGUGGAGCUGUACCUUGUUUGGAGAAUGCGGUGACAACUCUAGCCCAGCGUGAGAACUCAGCAGCUGUGCAGAAGGCAGCUGAAUACCACGGUCAGCUGAUGGCCCAACAAAUGACAUUCUCCACAGACACACUCCAGGAACUGCUGUAUGUGCAUGCAGCCUGUAAGAGGGAAGCCAUUGCAGUCUUCAUGGAGUGCUCCUUCAAGGAUGAAAACCAGGAAUUCCAGAAGAAGCUUGUGGAAAUCAUAAUGAGUAAGAAGAAGAAUUUCUUGUUGCAGAAUGAAGAGUCAUCUGUUAAAUACUGCCAGGUUCAACUCAACCAGCUCUCAAAGGAACUAAUGCAAAAUAUUUCAGCAGGAACUUUCUCUGUCCCUGGAGGGUACAAGCUUUACAUGGAAGAAAGGGAGAAGACUGAACAAGACUAUUUGCAAGUGCCCAGGAAGGGAGUAAAGGCAAGAGAGGUCUUCCAGAGUUUCCUGCAGUCACAAGCAACAAUAGAGAAAUCCAUCCUGCAGGCAGAUAAAGCCCUCACUGAUCAGGAGAAGGCCAUAGCUGUGGAAUGGGUCAAGAAAGAGGCAGUUGACAAGGAACAGGAAAUUUUAGGACAGAAACUACAAGAACAACAGCAGCAGAUGGAGGCUCAAGAAAAGAGUCUAAGGGAAAACAUAGCCCAACUGAAAGAAAAGCUGGAGAUGGAAAGAGAAUAUCUACUGAGAGAGCAGAAAAUGAUUUUGGAGCAUAAGCUGAAGGUCCAAAAGGAUUUGCUUGAGGAAGGAUUUAGGAAGAAAUCUGAGGAGAUGAAUGCAGAAAUAAAUCAAUUGAAAAACAUGAUUGAAACUACAAAAAAGGAUGACACUCCUUGGAUUCCACAAGCCUUGAAUAGAUUUGUCGAUGAGAUAACUUCAAUUUUAUCUGCUCCUGCUAAAUUACUUGGUCAUUGUUUCAAAGAUUUAGGUUCACUAUUUAAAAACAUUAGCUCUUCUUCUAAGGAAAUUAUAGAAGGGGAUAUAUGCUCUGACUUAUUUUUGUUUCGAGUAAGAACUGCGGUUUCCCAAAAGCCAGACGCAGGAGGAGAGGGCAGGGAGGGGUGCCUGAGGGCGGCUGAGAACUUGUCCCCUGGCUGCAACGCCCAGACAGGUGAGUUCGCUCCUGAACUUGGUCUCCCAAGAACAUUUCUAGUAAGUCAUCAGGGGAAAUUACUUGACAAAAAAUUCCCAAGCGCAGCCUCCACACUGGCAGGUGGGCGAAGGCAGCAGCAGAAAGAUGGCGAGAGUUGCCUGCAGGUAUGUGGCGCCGGCAGCGCUGUGCUGCAGGCAGUUGUGUGUUCCCCUCUGAUCCAGAGGCCUUUGGGAGGCGGGCAGCGUUUGUCUGGUGUGCUCAGGAUGCUGUGGCUCCUUCUCGGGCUUCCAUCCGGGGUUGCAGCAAAGAACCAUGCCAGGGACACGGUGUGCAUCCUAUUCUAA